AUGGUUGUGCACCCGAGACUGGUCGGGGUGCUCCUGCGCGGUAGAUCCGUAUGGAACACCGUCUCAGAGACCGACUACCUCGUCCUCCAGCGACACCCUCGUCUUGCCAACAACAACUACCGCAUCAUCACCCGCGGCUUCCCUCACUACCGAGUUGCGGAGGGAGAUUCAGAAGAAGUGCUUCAAGAGGAACUCGAGUUCCUUUCCAGGAUGGCCAAGGUCACUAUCCAGGGCAAGAUCACCUCCAAAAAGAUCUCCACCUGGCUCAAAUCGACCUUUCAGCACCACAGCGUUUUAGCAAUAUCACCUCCAGAGGACAGAUUGUCGCAACAGGACGACGACCAGGAUCACCUCGACAACCACAUCGACCUCGAACACCCGCACGACGCAGACGGGUACCUGUCCGACUCCUCCUUCCUCUCUCAUGGGGAGAUUAUUGAACCCUACUCGACCGAAAACAAAACACGGCCCCCUCUGCGCAGAGCCAUCUCUCUCGAAGACCUCACCAACGCAUCCGCAAUCCACCACCACUUGCACAGUUCUGGUCUACUUCCUCGCAACUCUGCCAACUCGCUACGUAAUAUCUCAAGACCUAUAACAGAAACCCGACCUCGUUCAAAGUCCAACGCCGCUGCCAUACUCUUGCACCCACUGUCCAGUCCACCCGUCCGGCCCGCCUCUGCAGCUUCUGUAUAUCAUCGUCACUACCAAUAUCGACCUUCCUUCACGACUGAGCCCCAAGAAAUCUUAUACGAACCGCUCGAGAAUCAAUUACAAUCAUCCAUGGCAUUACGGGACCGGUGCAACAGCAACAGCAGACGCCUUCAACCCAUAGUAGUUCCAACACAGGAUAGUAUGGAGUCACAAGGCACUUCACAUCAUUCUAGUCUGCCUACUCCUGAAGUAAGCCCAGAGGAACUUUCAUCCGAGAGCUCCGACGACGAUAUGGUAAUUGUCGACGGCGAUCUUUUGGAAGAGUCCAAGUCAGUCCUGGGAUUGGAUUAUUACAUGCGAUCGACCGGUCAGCUUCGACAGCAAACGUAUCCAGGAGCCGUUGCUUCAGGAGGACGAAGAUCAACCACAGGGACCUCUGUAGCUGCGGAUGCACGGAUACUUGGAGAUGGUGCUUCGAUCGAUGGUGGGUUGGAGGCCGUCACUGGAUCAUGGAAUUGGUUGACAGACUCUCCCUUUUUGGACGCGCUCGUCAACUGGAUCGAGGGACCUGACACUGCAACACAGCCCAAGGCUCAGGACAAGGACAACAAGCCCAACCCUUGGCUGGACAUUCCUUUCCAGUUCAUUGACCUCCUGACCUACCCAGAAUCCGAUCCCAAGAACGGCAACAAAACGACCUUAGCCAUGGUGCGCGAAACUUCAUUUGUGAGACAGAGACGGAAGACGCUAAUGAUGCUGACGGCUUACACGUUGGUGGUCCGGUACUGCAGCUUCGACUUUUUCAUCUUGGUCUUGUUCGCGAGCAACUGUGCGAUGCUGUUCCUGAUGAAGAACUCUGGCCGGAUGAACGUCAAUAUGGCCAAGCGAGCUGUUCGACAGCGUGUCGGUUGGGCCAAGCAGUGGGCGGGAAGCAUUUUCAAGCGAGGCGGGAACAAUAACAACAACAGCAACAUCGCCACCAGUCAAAACGGACACAGCCACAGCGCGAGUGGAGGACACCAUCGGACGCACUCUGGCAGCAUGUCGCAUAUCAGCAACAACAAUAUGCACCACCACCCACAGCAUCAAUCGUCAUCCGCCGUACAAUCGGCUCGUUCUUCACCCGCACCUCUAGAUGGCAGCGCGCUUGCUUCGGCCGAAACGAGUCCGCAGAUAAAACGACGAGGUCUAUUUGGCAAGCGUGUCCAUGUCAACACAUCUCAACAAUCCUCCUCUGGCUCUACAUAUACCCAAGGAACCGCAUUGUCGUCUGCAUCAGUUCCUCUUCUGCUUGGAGAUACUGCAUCAGUGCUGAACUCUUCUGCAGCGACUGUAACAACCGCGACACCAAAACGACGAUUCUUUCGACGCAACCAGAACGGGAGCAACAACAACAAUAGCACCACACAUAUUACUGCCACCACCCCAAGCGCUCCCGUCCCUAUUCCCACCAAAGCCAACACCAUAUCUCACCCCCAGUCCAACACAUCUCAACAAGUGGGGACGACAGCAACCACAUCAACCCGCUCAACUAUAACCAUGGCGGUUACUACGACGACGAAUAUGAUGCAUACCCCGCAGCGCUCGAGUUCACCUCUCUUACAAUCUCAAUCGCUGCCUCAACGUCAGUUCUCGCCUUUGAAGCCUUUCAACGUGCCCAUACAGACCAUUGACACGGAAAUGGAGCAAGCGGAUGCUCGAUGGGCGACCCGAUCUGGAUUGUUGGCCAUGACCCCUCCGCUUGUGCACCGACCCAGCAGUGCCGGCGAGUCUUCUACUACCGCCAACCCCACUACUGAUCCAGCUGUUGCCUCAACCGUGCCAGCACAAACUCAGUCGACAACUGUCUCAUCGUCCUCGUCGUCAUCGAUAAUAUCCUCGUCCAUGGCUGGUGCAAACGGCGAGGGACUCUUGUCCCCUAUCCCUAUCCCUCUUCCCUUUACUGCUUCUACUUCUGAAUCCACGCAAGGACCAUUGAUGUUCUCUGGCUUAUCACAGUUAUUGGGGCGCUCGUCUUCUGCCAGCCCUCCUCCUGCUGCUGCUGCCGGUCCAACUAGUGAUGAUUUUCAGGGAUCAAAAGGACAUGAGCAGUAUGGAGGGAUGCUCUCUACCUCGGCGGCCGCUGGUACGAGCACAAGCACAGGCAUGGGCACUUUAGAUGCUGUGACGAGUGCUGCUGCUGCUGGCAUGGAAGGUGUGUAG